AUGAAGAAUGAGCUAAAUAGGAAUUACUCAGAGGUGACUGAGUUUAUUCUACUAGGGUUCAGAAUCCCUUCAGAACUACAGAUCCUUUUAUUCCUAGUAUUCUUGCUCAUCUACAUGGUCACUGUGGUGGGAAAUAUCAGCAUGAUAAUUGUCAUAAAGAGUGACUCCAGACUUCAAAUACCUAUGUAUUUCUUCCUUAGCAACUUGUCCUAUUUAGAUCUCUGCUACUCAACAGUCAUCGCUCCCAAAACUUUAGCCAACUUCUUAUCCAAUGAAAAGAAAAUUUCUUACAGUGGCUGUGUGGCCCAGUUUUUCUUCUUUGCCCUAUUUGUGACAACUGAAGGCUUUCUUCUGGCUGUCAUGGCAUUUGAUCGAUUCUCCGCCAUUUGCUCCCCUCUCCUUUACCCUGUGCACAUGUCCCAGAAAGUCUGUGUUCACUUGGUAACUGGAUCCUAUGUCUGUGGAAGCAUCAACUCCAUAGUCCAAACGAGUUUCACCUUCAGUUUGCAUUUCUGUGGAGAAAACAGAUUGGACCACUUUUUCUGUGAUGUCCCAGCCCUGAUCAAGAUCUCCUGUGUUGACACCUUUGUGAAUGAGAUUGUACUGUUCAUUCUCUCUGCUCUCAUCAUCCUCACCACCACAGCAGUCAUUCUGGUUUCCUAUGCUUAUAUCCUUUCCACUGUCCUGAAGAUCCCCUCGACCCACGGCAGGAGUAAGACCUUCUCUACCUGUGGCUCCCACAUAGGAGUGGUGAGUUUAUUCUAUGGGACGGUGUUCUUUAUGUAUGCCCAACCGAGAGCCAUCUCCUCACCGCAGCAAAGCAAGAUUGUAGCUGUGCUCUACACACUUAUAAUACCAAUGCUAAACCCUCUGAUAUACAGCUUGAGAAACAGAGAUGUGAAAGAUGCCGUGAGAAGUAUAUUAUGCAGAAAAAGAUUCUCUCACUGA